UUCUCUAGUUACUUCCAGCCAGGAAACUAGAAUCGAAUCUUAAAGAGACGCAAUUUUUAGGGUUUAAACCUGCAAAAAUUGGAUAUCUAAACAGACACAUAUUUUGUGUGACAGAAAAUGGACACAACUAAAAAGUUGACGAUUGAGACACUUGAGGAACUUGUGGAUAAAGAUCUCAAAGUAUUCAUCUGGCACCUGUGGAAUGGUGUAGGAUCAGAGAUUGAACCUAUUUCUCGAAGUAAGAUUGAGAACGCUGAUCGUUAUGAAGUCGUGGAUAAGAUGGUGCAGCAGUACAGUGAUAAUGCUGGGACUAUUGCAGUAAAAGUGCUGCAAAACAUGAAACAAAUGGAUCUUGCACAAAACCUUGAGUUUAAACUUGCAGAAGUUGAGCAGCCUGAGCAGGAGGAGCCCAUCCAGUCCGAUUGGAUCAGACCACAGAGCAUUGUUCUCUGCAAACAAGUGUUUAAGGACAAAAUUCUGAAAGAUAAGAGAAAUGAGGUUUAUAUACCAAAGGACGCAUAUCAGAGAAAACGUUUAGCACUGCUGAUCACCAACAUACAAUUCCAACACUUGGGUAACAGGGACGGAGCAGAGAAAGACGAGGAGAACAUGGAGUGGCUGCUGGAAGCUUUGGGUUACAGAGUUGAGAAGCACAGAAAUCUGACUGGAAAAGAAAUAGAUGCUGCAGUCAGGAACUUUGCUGCACAUUCCGAUCAUAAAGACUCGGACAGCACCUUCGUGGUUCUGAUGUCUCACGGGGGAAGAAUCGGUAAUAAAGAUGUCAUUUUAGGUGCCAAUGACUCCAGUGAUUACUUCUUUGUAGACGACAUCUUCACCCAUCUGAGCUCCGAGAAUUGUCCUGCUCUGAUUGAUAAACCAAAGGUUAUUCUGAUCCAAGGCAGCAGAGGAAAGUGCUCAGAUGUGUAUAUUCAAGACAGGCCGCCUGAAUCAGACAGCACUGUGUACAGGAAAGACAUGGUCUGUUUUAUGUCCUGCCUCCCUAACUCUAACUCAUACAGGCAUCGUAUCAGUGGAAGUUAUUUUAUCAUGUACAUCGUGGAUGUGUUCAGUAAAUGUGCUCAUAAUAAGGACAUUAUGGAGUUGUUCACAAAGGUCAUCUCACGCAUGGAAAAACACGAUUUAGCGAACAGGAACGUGCACAUGCUGCCAUGUAUUGAAAAUAAUACCCUUAGAAGGAAAUUCUACCUGUUCCCUGGGCUCUAAUUAUGUGCAUUUUAAACCCAGUGCAUGCAAAUAUGCACUGGGCAAAUU